CACACCUAGCUCUCACCAUACGCCAAUAACUAAACUAACCCAACACCACCCACAUGCAUGCUCUAGCUGAUACAUACAUCUAUCAGCAUCAUUUGAUUUUGUGCUUCUGAAGCUAGCUACUACUAACAGAUAUCGUAUAGGUAUAGAUAGAUAGCACUAGCUAGCUAUAUGCAGUGCCCUCUUUUUCCAACGACGUCGACGAAGCCAAUUGCUUGCAACUACAUUCCCACUCGUGGCCGGCCGUGACCACCCAUCCAUCGGUUGUUUUGUCUUGUCCAAGCUCCGGCUUUCAGGCUUGUCAUCAUAUACAUACACACCCAUAUAUAUACAUCUUCGCCUUGCUUUGCGAUCGAUCGAUCGACUCAGCCGGCAGGGCCGCAGUAGCCAGCUAAAGCAGCAAACAAAAAUGGUAGGAGGAGACGCCGGCGCCGGCGGUGAGGUGGUUGUCGUCGGGCGGGCGGAGAUCGACACAAGGGCGCCCUUCCGCUCGGUCAAGGAGGCCGUCGCCCUCUUCGGCGAGAAGGUCCUCGCCGGGGAGCUCUACGCCGGACUGCGGCUCCCUGCCAUCGUCGUCAACGAGAACCGAGCGACGGCGACAAGACCCAACCACCACGCCGUCAGCGUCACCGCCGGCGCGGUCACCACCGUUACGCCACGCCCCGUGCCGCCGGUCACCGGGGGGCUCGCGGUGGCGAAGCAGGAGCUGGAGAAGGAGCGGGAGGAGAAGCAGAAGAUGGCCGGGUGCAUCCAGUCCCUGCAGGAGGAGCUCAGCCACGCCAUGAGGGAGCUCAAGAGGCUCAAGGCGCGCGAGGACGAGGAGGCCGGCGCCAACGCCAAGAUCAUCGACCUGGAGAUCGACGAGGGCCGCCUCAGCUUCACCGAGGCAGAGAAGCAGCCGGCGCCGCGGGGCUCCUCCUCCGACGGCAUCGCAGCAGCUGCCGGGGGCGAGCUGCAGAAGAAGAGGUACGUGACGUUCGCCGACCCGCCGACUGCCGCGGCGGCGUGCCGCGCGCCGCCGUUGCCGGACGUCGUGAUGGAGCUGCACCGCGCGCCGCAGCCGCAUUACUACCGCGAGCCGCGGUUCCAGAGGCAGAUGUCGGCCGGGCACGAGGCCGCGAAGGCCAUGGCUGACGAGGGGACAAAGAAGAAGAAGAAGAAGCCUCUGAUCCCGCUGGUGGGCGCGCUCUUCCUGCGGAGGAAGAAGAGCAGCAGCAGCAGCUGCCACGACGACCCGCUUUGAUCCGUCGAUACAUAUAUACAACCAUGCACACGAAAGUUAAUCACUCAAGAGUUUUUCAUCUUAAACUUUUAAUUAAUCCUCAUACAUGUGUAGUUAAAAGAAUGCACAAUGCUUUGGCUUAUACUAUACGGACCUGCUGCGAUUAAUAAUAAAAUAUGUACACAGAGAUAUAAUAUAUAGUAUUAAGUUUCCGGUCCAAAAAUUUGCAUUUGGUGUU